AUUAAGGGUAAACUUUGAGAGCUGUGUGUCGUCUGUGCAUCAUCUCAUUAAUUCUACGAUAGUUCUCAGAAGUAGAUGCCACUCUUUCCCCCAUCCUACUGUGAGGGGACCUACAUUUGAGAGGAAAGACGACACCCGGUGGCUCAGCUGCUUUCCAGCCCAGGCCCUUAACCACUAUGCACCUGGCCCUGUUGAUUUUGGCUGUAGUUGUUUACCGCCCUGUUUAUUUAGUUUUGGGGAGUACGGUUAGUUGAUUGUCAAUGAGACAUUUUUACUUUAAAAACAUGAACUGGAUAACUUUUGUUUUAAUGGGAUGCUGCUUCAGUGAGUAUCCAUGGCCCAUGGCUCCAGCCUCCUGCCGAGCGUGAGCUGGCAGGGCUGGGUGAGGACUCUGCAGGGCCAGACCCGUCUCUGCUUGGAUGUUUGAGGACCACUUCAGAGGAGCCUGGGACUCCAGCCCUGUAUGCAGAUCCUGGUCAUCAGCACUUCACAGCUCAUUUCUUAAAUGAGUGUCACUGUAUAAAAAACAGUUACAGGUUUCAGGACCAUGGAAGACCUAGGGGAGAGAGACCAUCAUUCAUGCAAGAGCUCCAGAGAGCCAAAUCGCUGUUGGAUCCAGUCCCCCCAAACUAUGCUCUGACCUCCAGUGCUCUGCUCGUAAUUCAGCGAAACUCCCGUGAUGAGCAAAGGAAGAAAGAGCGGGAUCUAGAGUUGGCUGCUCGGAUCGGCCAGUCGUUGUUGAAGAAGAACAAGACACUAACCGAGAGGAAUGAGUUGCUGGAGGAGCAGGUAGAGCACAUCCGGGAGGAGGUGUCACAGCUCCGGCAUGAACUGUCCAUGAAGGAUGAGCUGCUUCAGUUCUACACCAGCGCCGCAGAGGAGAGCGAGCCGGAGUCUGUGUGCUCUACCCCGUUGAAGAGGAAUGAGUCGUCCUCCUCUGUCCAGAAUUACUUCCAUCUGGAUUCUCUCCAGAAGAAGCUGAAGGACCUUGAAGAGGAGAACGUUGUACUUCGAUCAGAGGCCUGCCAGCUGAAGACGGAGACCAUUACCUAUGAAGAGAAGGAGAAGCAGCUGGUCAACGACUGCGUGAAGGAGCUGAGAGAUGCCAACGUGCAGAUUGCCAGUAUCUCGGAGGAACUGGCCAAGAAGACGGAAGAUGCUGCCCGCCAGCAGGAGGAGAUCACACAUCUGCUCUCCCAAAUAGUUGAUUUGCAGAAGAAGGCAAAAGCUUGUGCAGUGGAAAAUGAAGAACUUGUCCAACACCUGGGGGCUGCCAAGGACGCCCAGCGGCAGCUCACGGCCGAGCUGCGCGAGCUGGAGGACAAGUACGCCGAGUGCAUGGAGAUGCUCCACGAGGCGCAGGAAGAGAUCAAGAACCUCCGGAACAAGACCAUGCCCAACACCACAUCCAGGCGUUACCACUCGCUGGGCCUAUUUCCCAUGGACUCCUUGGCGGCGGAGAUCGAGGGAACCAUGCGCAAGGAGCUGCAGCUGGAAGAGCCCGAGUCGCCAGACAUCGCUCACCAGAAGCGAGUCUUUGAGACCGUAAGAAACAUCAACCAGGUCGUCAAGCAGAGGUCUCUGACCCCAUCCCCCAUGAACAUCCCUGGCUCCAACCAGUCCUCGGCCAUGAACUCCCUCCUGUCCAGCUGUGUCAGCACCCCCCGGUCCAGCUUCUACGGCAGUGACGUCGGCAACGUUGUCCUUGACAACAAGACCAACAGCAUCAUCCUGGAAGCAGAGUCAGCAGACCUGGGAAACGAGGAGCGGAGUAAGAAGCCGGGCACGCCGGGCACCCCGGGCUCCCACGACCUGGAAACGGCGCUGCGGCGCCUGUCCCUCCGCCGGGAGAACUACCUCUCGGAGAGGAGGUUCUUCGAGGAGGAACAGGAGCGGAAGCUCAGGGAGCUGGCGGAGAAGGGCGAGCUGCUCAGCGGCUCCCUGACGCCCACUGAGAGCAUCAUGUCCCUGGGCACGCACUCGCGGUUCUCGGAGUUCACCGGCUUCUCUGGCAUGUCGUUCAGCAGCCGCUCCUACCUGCCCGAGAAGCUGCAGAUCGUCAAGCCGCUGGAAGGUUCUGUCACCCUUCACCACUGGCAGCAGUUGGCCCAGCCUCACCUCGGGGGCAUCCUGGACCCUCGGCCUGGUGUGGUCACCAAGGGCUUCCGGACACUGGAUGUUGACCUGGAUGAAGUGUACUGCCUUAACGACUUCGAAGAAGAUGACACAGGUGACCACAUUUCCCUCCCGGGCCUAGCUACCUCCACGCCAGUUCAGCACCCAGAGACCUCAGCCCACCACCCUGGGAAGUGCAUGUCACAGACAAACUCCACCUUCACCUUCACCACCUGUCGCAUCCUGCAUCCUUCAGACGAGCUCACGCGGGUCACGCCAAGCCUUAACUCGGCGCCGACUCCAGCCUGUGGCAGCACCAGCCACUUGAAGUCCACGCCGGUGGCCACGCCGUGCACUCCGCGGAGACUGAGCCUGGCCGAAUCCUUCACUAACGUCCGUGAGUCCACGACCACCAUGAGCACAUCCCUGGGGCUGGUGUGGCUGCUGAAGGAGCGGGGCAUUUCCGCGGCUGUGUACGACCCCCAGAGCUGGGACAGGGCUGGCCGGGGCUCUCUCCUGCACUCCUACACCCCCAGGAUGGCCGUGAUCCCCUCUACCCCACCCAACUCGCCUAUGCAGUCGCCCACGUCUUCCCCGCCCUCCUUCGAGUUCAAGUGCACGAGCCCUCCCUACGACAACUUCCUGGCUUCCAAGCCAGCCAGCUCCAUCCUGAGGGAGGUGAGGGAGAAGAAGGCGGUCCGGAGCAGCGAGAGCCAGACCGACGUGUCUGUCUCCAACCUUAACCUCGUGGACAAAGUCAGGAGGUUUGGUGUGGCCAAAGUGGUGAACUCGGGGCGAGCCCACGUCCCCACCUUGACUGAGGACCAGGGACCUCUCCUCUGCGGGCCCCCGGGCCCCACGCAGGCCCUUGUCCCCGGAGGCCUGGUACCCGAGGGCCUGCCCCUUGGAUGCCCCACUGUCACCAGUGCCAUCGGCGGGCUCCAGCUCAACAGUGGCAUCCGACGGAACCGCAGCUUCCCCACCAUGGUGGGGUCCAGCAUGCAGAUGAAAGCCCCCGUGACGCUCACCUCGGGCAUCUUGAUGGGUGCUAAACUCCCCAAACAAACUAGCUUACGGUGAGGCUGGGAGAAGGCCCUUCCCCUGGAGGAAACCAGUCUUUCGCCCGCCUCCCUCUCCUCCCCCUUCACUGCGCACGCUCCCUCUGGUCUCUGUCCAUCCCCUCCUGAGCUAGACAAAUCAACCUCGUGCCUAAUGGGGGCAGAGUGGAGACUCUGUAAAAUGUGUACAUAGGACCUGGAGACCUGUAUCUGCCCUGCCCUUCCUUCGAAUCCCACGGGAAGCACCCCAGCACCGACAUCGCUCUCUUGAGGACUUGGCCCUUGCUGGCCGGGGGCAGGGGCAGCCCGGUGUCUUUCCUCCUUCUUUCCUUUGAGAAGCACUGAAAACCCCAUGUGUGUUCUUAUCCCAUGGAUAGGAAACCAGUGAAUUUGUGGCUGGCUGCCGGAGCCACACAUCCUGAGCUGUCACGUAGCACAGUGGCUGUGCCGCCUGGUGUCACUGGGCACCUCGCCUCACCCUCCCUGUAAGCGCGUAAGGGGCCUCCGUCCGCUGCCACGUGCAGCUGCUGUAGCUUUCACGAUGGGAGAGCUGUUCUUUCUUUCUUGGGUCCCGGCUUCUUCAAGACCUUCACUGCUCGGCCCCAAUGGACGGUCGCUUCUUUUCUUGAGCUGUGACUUUUUCUUCUCAUGCCUUCAACCUGAAUUCAUCCCUCCAUGUUUUGUAAUCCACUGUCGGGCCAGACGUUUGACCUGAAAGAGAAUGUAUUUACACUCCUGCUGCACCAUUUGGCAGCCCCUGUGUGUUCUGUGUGAUUUGCUUUAUUUUUCUGCGUUGUUUUUU